CUGUCCGAGACAGGGGAGUGGGACGAGCGGCCGCUGGUCGGGGUGGCCGAGAUGGAUCCUGGGCGGAGCAUGAUGAUCAACCAUGAGGUACUGGCGUUCGGCGACCGGCCGUGGUGGCUGGACGUGGCCUGGGGUGCCUGCUCCGUCGACCCCUUCAGCGACCGGCCGGAGCGCCGCUUCGCCGAGCUGCCGCGCUCCAGCGUGCUGCCUGUUUCUGAUUCCCCGACGCUGAGCAGGUACCGGCGCAUGGGGGUCAGCGAGGGGAAGCUGCGCUACGUCCAAGUGUCCCAUGGACACAAGCACGACAAGUGGUGCGUGAUCCUUUCGUUUUCGCUGGAUGACGAGACCUACAGCUGGGCGCUGGAUCACGGAGUUGAAAUUACAGAUCGGCAAUACCCUUGCUAUGUUCAAAUUGCUGCCAUAGAUCCAUUCAAUGCCGACCUUGUGUACCUCCAACAUGGUAGCGCUGUUAUUGCCAUGGCCCUGGCUAAGGGGAAGGAGAUUUGGAGGGGUUACCUGGCUAAGGAAUUCGUCUUUCAGAAGUUGCUCCACUGUAGUCUUCUUGUUCCGUGCGUGCUCCCAACAUGGCUUGCCACAAGCCAUAUCCCUUCUGCAGGAACCCUUUCAAGCAACAAGGCUGAUUGCAAAAGGAAGACUUUGGCAGACAUGCUGGUUCGCGUAGACAAAUGCUAGACAAACUGAAACGUGACAACUAACUUAUCUCCGAUUCCUUAAAUUUGACCAACAGCAGAGUUGAAGGUUUCAUCUGUGAGACAAGAGCUCUUAUAUUAGGGAAUAUGUGACAAUUUUGGGCUUGUUCUUCCGGCUGAUGCAAUUCUUUUUGAAAGGACAGAU